AUGGAUAAUGAAACCUUGAGGAUAUUGAAUGUUUACAGAGGUCAACCAACAGAGCCUCCAUCGAGAAAGGAGUUUGCUGCAAUUACAAAGUCUGAUUAUCAAGCUACAGCCGAUGAUAAAUGGAGACAUGAUAACAGUAAUUCGGUAUUUGAAAUGAAAAAGAUGAGCUUGUAUGAGCCUAUGAGAUCAAAGUGGUGGGUCAGACUUGAUGAUAAAAAAAAGAAGAAGACCCCUACACCGAGAACUCCAGAAGCACCAACACCAAAACCAGCAAAAAGAACUCCAAAGAAGAAGAAAACUCCAACGACACCACAAUUAGUUGAUAAGCCUCCAAAUGAUGAAGCUCAACAUGUUGAUGAUAAUGUUGCAGGUGGUGAUAAUGAGAUUUUCUCCGAUGAAAUAGAAAAUAUUAUUGCUGCUCAGGAUGCUACUAAAGCGGCUAAAAAUGCUGAAAAGGUGAGUGGUGAAGCUGGUGGUGAAAAGACAGGUGGAGAGAAAGUUGAAACUGUUAAAGAAGCAUUUGAAGAAGGUGUGGUUCACACUGAUUCAAGUGAGACAGAAAGUGAUAUUGAUCUUACGGAGAUUGCACCUACUACAGGUCAUAAAGGCAAAAGAGAUAGAAAGGCAGGUCCGUCUCGAAAGAGAAAGAAUAGUGACGAUGAAGAUGCUACAUAUGUUCCUUCGCCUGCUGAAGUUGAAAAGAUAAAGAAGGGUAGAGGAAAAAUGAAGCGUAAGGCUCAACUAACUGGUGAAAAUCUGAGGAAGCUCAAGAUUCGAAAGACUACAACGAAAGCUGUUAAAGAUACAAUUGGUGAAUCUGUGCAAAUUCCUGCUGAAAGAGUUGAAAGUGUUGCAGUAGAGCAAUCAAAGAACGUUAAAGAACCAGGCUCAACAACGAAGAAAGCUUCAACUCCAAAGCAACAAGGUUCUAAUCAAAGUUUUCCUGAUGUUCCAUAUAACCUUGAUGCUGGUCCGACACAUUUAGAAGAUAUUGGAGAUAUCCCGUUCUUCAAUGAUGAAAUAGUUGAUGCACUGGCGAAAAGAGUUGCAGAGUUGGAGAAAGCUAAAGUAGAAACUGAUGCAAAGCUGAAAGUGUCUGAUGAAAAACUUAAAGUAACUGAAGAAAAGUUGAAGAAUGUUGAGGCUAAAAACAUUGUUCUGAAGAAUGAAGUUCUGGAAAUGAAUGAAAAGAUAGAAGAUCUUCAGGUCGGCAACAACACACUAAAUGAAAUGAUUGAUGAAUUAUUGACUACUAACGUAGAUUUAAAUGAUUCUAAUGCGACUUUAAGUGCAGAAAAUGAGUUAAUACAGAAAGCGUUAGAAGAUCUGAAGAUUGGUAUCCGAAUAGCUGAGGCUCAGAGGAUGAAAAGAGAGCAAAGAGAUGCACAAGAAGUUGCUGAUGCUGCAAAAGACGAAGGCAAAGGCAUAGUAGUUGAAGAAGUUCUAGAAUCAUCAGGCCAAAAAGAGCAACAAACAAGUAAUGCUGGUGAUAACGUUGAUAUGUCUAUUGUUCUCACUCAACAAUUCACACUUGACGACGAAGAAGGUGAUGAAAAGGACGACGAAGAAGGUGAUGAUGAUGAGGAUGAGGAUACAGAAGAGUUGUUCAAAGAUAUAGAUGAUUAUCAUGGAAGUGAUGAUGGUGAUGAUGAUGAUCAAGGGAGAGACAGUGGGGCAUUGAUUGUUAGACAAGCCGGUGCUCAUCAAGUGAAUGAUUUUCUGGAUGAUACGCAAAAUUCAGAACAUGAGGAAGUACAUCCUCAGGGGGAGUCUUCCUCUGGUACUAAACGCGUUGAUCCAGUCGAUCUAUUCUCGUCUACUCCUAAGGUGAUUUAUCUGAGCCAUGAUGUCGAAGAAGGGGAGUUAGUAGAGAACUGGACGAGAGAGACCAUGAAGGAGUCAUUAGGUUUGAAUGAUGAGGACAAUUUCACUUUCGAUUUUGAGAAAGAUAUGGAAGAUGAUGCUCCUGAUAGUGAAUACAUGUUUAAGAUGGUUGAUGAAGCGGAUAAAUUCAAUGAGGUAGUCGUGGAAGAUGACUUAGAAUCUGAUCAAGAUGUUCCGUUUCACUACGCCAACAAAGAUUCUAAAGAUUUCCCUACCUUCAUCGAGUUAUUCCAAACACAUAAUGAAGAUUAA